UGAACUCUAUUGAUUGGUCAACGAGGAGAUGUAAAAAAUGGCUGCCUUGCAUUCUCCUACUCAGGUGGCAGGGAACCACAGCGCUAUAUACGAAGCGUAUUAUCACCAGGUGGACCCGAACGCGACGGGCGCGGUGCAGGCGCCCGACGCCGCGCGGUUCCUCAAGAAGUCCCGCCUCAGCGACGUCGUGCUCUCCAAGAUAUGGGACCUCUCCGACCCCAAUGGCAAGGGAUACCUCGACAAGACGGGGCUGUUCGUGGCGCUGAAGCUGGUGGCGCUGGCGCAGGCGGGCCGCGACAUCAACAUGAGCAACAUCCACGCCGACACGCCGCCACCCAAAGUGGGCGAGCUGCCGCGCAUCCCGGCGCAGGGCCCCCCGCGCCCCGCGGCGCCGUCCCCCGCGCCCGCGCCCGCCGCGGUCUCCGACUGGUCCAUCAAGCCCAGCGAGCGCGACAAGUACAACGCGCUCUUCGACUCGCUGCAGCCCAGUAACGGGCUCAUCGCCGGCAACAAGGUGAAGGGAGUGCUGAUGGAGUCCAAGCUGCCUUUGGAUACUCUCGGCAAGAUCUGGGAUCUGGCGGAUCAGGACCGCGACGGCAUGUUGGACCGCCACGAGUUUUUGGUGGCGAUGCACCUGGUGUACAAGGCGCUGGAGAAGCACGCGGUGCCGACGACGCUGCCGCCCGAGCUGCGCGCGCGGCCGGCGCGGCCCCCCUCCCGCCCGCCGUCGCGCCCCCCCUCCCGCCCGCCCUCCCCCGGCCGCCCCGCGCUGCCCCCCGCCGGCCCGCCCCGCCCGCCCCCCGCACAGACCAACGCGAGCUUGCUCGAGGGCCUUCUGGACCUGUCUAGCCCGCCGCUGAUUGCGCCCCUGUCCGCGGCCGGGCCGCCCCUGGCCCCGCUCGGGUCGGCCCCGCUCGUGUCCCCGGCCCCGUCGGGCUGGGUGGUGUCGGCGGCGGAGAAGGCCGCCUCGGACGCUCAGUUCGCGGUGGCCGACGCGGACCGCGACGGCCUCGUGUCGGGGCUCGAGAUCAAACACGUGUUCCUCGAGUCCGGGCUGCCCCAGCAGACCCUCGCGCACAUAUGGGCGCUCUGCGACAUAGAGGGCGUGGGCAAGCUGAACCGCGGGCAGUUCGCGCUCGCCAUGUGGCUCGUGAAGAGGGCGCUGCGGGGAGAGGCCCCGCCCCAGCACCUGGCCCCCAACAUGAGGCCCCCGCCCGAGGCCGCCGUGCCACAGCCGGUGGAGGCGCCGACGCUGGGCCCGCAGCCCACGCCGGAGAUGGAGGCCAUCGCCCGCGAGGUGGACGCGCUGGCGCGCGAGCGGCUCGCGCUGGAGGCCGAGAUCGCCACGAGGACCCGCGAGCUGGCCGCCAGCACGCAGGAGGCCACCGGCCUGCAGAGUGAAUUGGACACGUUGACGGCAACGCUGAAACAGUUAGAAAACCAAAAAGGAGAGGCACAAAAGAGGUUAAACGAUCUCAAAGCACAGGUGGAGAAGCUGAGGUCUCAGGUGGCGGCACAAGAAGCCGCAGCCAGCGAGACCUCCGCCGAGGUGGCGGCGCGACGUCAGGCCGCCAACAGUCUGCGCGAGCGAGAGGGCAUGCUGCAGGAUGAGCUGGAGCGAGCGAGACGGCAGGCCGACGAGCUCACGCACACACACAGCCGCACCGUGCUGCUAGUCAGCCAGGCGAACAUAAAGAUAACCCACCUGGAGGAGCAGCUGCGCAUGAUAGAGGAGGCCGCGGAGGCGCUGGCGGCGGGCGGCGCGGCGGCGCAGGCCGCGCUCGCCGUGCGGCCCGCCAUCGACCCGGCCAGCCUCGAGCGGCUCGUCGGCGCCGGGGAGGAGGAGGAGCCGGCUAGCGGCGGGUUCUCGGACAUGAACGGCGGCUUCGCGGACCCCUUCAAGGACGACGCCUUCUCCGCGCCGGCCGCCGCCGCCGCCGCCGCCGCGCACUCCCGCGACCCCUUCGCGCCCAACUCCGGCGCCGCCGUCGCGCAGGACGGGUUCGGACGGGACCCGUUCGCGUCGUCGGGCGGCGACCCCUUCGCCGGCGACUCCUUCGCCAACACCGACAAUAAGCAGCCCGUCGAUGUGUCGUGGGAGGCGGACCCGUUCGCGGUGCUGCACGCGCCGACGCGGGGCUCGCCGACGCCGUCGCUGCCCCCCAAGCGGCACAAGACCCCGCCCCCGCGGCCCGCGCCGCCCCGCCCCAACCCGCCCGGCAAGGUACCUCGCUCACCCGCUUGUUUCGUCCAGACUGUGGACUUCGCCGAGGACCCCUUCAAGGACUACCGCUACGAGGACCCCUUCAAUAUCGAGGACCCCUUCAAGGACGCCGCGGACGGCAAGGACCCGUUCGCGCGCAGCAGCUCCGCCGCCAUCUUCCAGCCCGACGACUUGUUCGGCGGCAACCUCAACGGCUUCUCCAAGCCGGAGCGAGGCGGCCGCGUCUCCGCCCCGCCCGUCGCCGGCGACCCCUUCUCCAGGUCGGACCCCAAACCCCCGAGUGCCCCUCCCGGCGACGACAACUGGGGCUGGAAGGACGACUGGGCCACCGACGACGCGUGGGCCAAGCCCGCCACCUCCAACGACGCGUGGAACGACAACAAAACAGACAGCUGGGCCGACUCCAGCCGGAAAACUGACAACUGGGCCAACAAAACCGACAACUGGGCCAAUAAAACAGACAACUGGGCCAAAAACGACUGGGCGGCCGAUUUCGGCGACCAGAAUAAAAAUCUUAACGAGACGUGGCCGAACACGCUGCCCAAGAAGGAGAAGUCGCCCAAACCGGUCAAGUACGCGAAGAGUCUCGUUCAUACUAUAGGCGGGAUCGGUCGCAGCAAGCAGAAGAAGCGAGGUAAGGAGGAGACGGUCCGGCCCGGGCCCGGCGUCACGCCGAGCGAGGAGCAGCAGUGGGCGUGGGCGGCGGCCGAGUCGGCGCGCCUCGCCGACGAGGCGGAGCGCCGCCGCCGCCAGGAGGACGCCGAGCUGCAGCGCGUGCUGGCCAUCUCGCGCCAGGACAAGUGAUCACCUCCUCCUCUCACUCCCAGUGACGAGGCUUGAGGAUAUACUAGCGAGCAACACCUGCAUCCUGCAUGGCUCCCCGUCCCCGUCCCCGGCGCGGCGCGGCGGGGAGGGAUUGCGCGCGAUACAACACUUACUGAGAAUAUCAUCCUCGACUAUUAUAUACUUGUACCAUCUACUGAGAAUUCGUAAACCUUAUUGUUAAUAGGUACAUAAGGCCCGCCAUGGAUAAACUGACGUUUGAGUAUAUUGUAUUUAUUGAGACCGCAUUAUGGUAUAUUAUAAAUCUUGUACAAACAGCAACACUCCUAGCUGUACAUCGGUGGACCUUAAUACAAUAGGCAUGAGCUCCACCGAUGUACAGGCAACAGUGUGGGCGGUGGAGUACUUUUUAUUAAUUGAAGUUCGGUAUUUUAUUUUCAUCGUCAACAAGUCAAUGAGAAGGCUCAUUUCUCAUUGAUUACUUUUAGGGAAAUAUGCUGUGGUAUGUUCAUCAAACAGCUGGCAAUCUACUCCAUACUCCAUUUACUGUUUAAGAGUCUAGUCUUGAUAAAAUCUUUCAGGAAAAUCGUCACAUACAUACUCGUAGUGUUCAUUAAAUUUGUUUGAUCUAAUAAGACAUUUUAACAGCAUGUAUUCUCAGGAAAUGUUAACGGUCGCCGUACCAGUUCUGUGCAUUUGAAAAAUACGUCCUAUCGUCAUUCGUUCGUAAUAGAACCAUCACACGGCUUGAAAUGCUUGCUGAUAAGGAACGUCCCCUCGCUUUUACCUUCUAAUUUUGAACAUGAGGAGGAAAAGUAAUUUAAGGAGCAUUUAAAACCUCUAAUAAAUGGGGACUUUAGAAAUAUUCCAAUUGUGCUCUUUUUUCCUACUUAGACUUGUAUUAUACGCUCGAAUAGGAUUUUAAGUACCCAGAUGGAAUGUAUAUUUGAGAAGUAUCAAAUGUAGUAAAUUGUCGUCGCCACUUGACUGGUCCUCUGCCCCGAAAUGUCGGCCAAUUGAACGAGGAAUUCCGCGCGCUAGUCAUGUAUCAUUAAAUUAUAUUAGGGGUCCCACGCGAAGCUGUUUGGACAACUUGGCCAAAGCGAAAGCAACCUUAAUGCUGGCGCAUAAGAGUUGCCUUCGCUUCGGCCGUCGAGCACUUAUUUAUCGUAAGAUUCCUUGCACUUGAACCCAGUUAUCUGUAUUUACUUGUUUGUUUAGGACUAUGCUGUUUUAUUUCUAUGAACGUAACUUGUCAUUUAGAAAUUACAUUGAUACCUUUAGAUACCAACAAAAUAAUCACACAAUGGGAUUUUAAUGAUGAUUUAUUGAUCAUAGAAAUAAAACCGCAUAAUCUGUUUCAAAUGUAUCUGAAAUGUCUGUACUGUACUGUACGUGGGUCUGUACUAAUUGAUAAGUGGAUAUGUAGAGUGCUAUUUACAGCAGGCGGCGUAGCACGGUCGCGUUUUUAUCCCUUGUCACGAUGCCUGUCACGUUCUAACAAGUGGGUAAGUGCGAAAGGGACGCGCAUAGUGAUAGGCGAUAAAAAUGGAACCGUGCUGCGCCCGCAGGAGUAGCUAAACCGAGCGAGAUUCUAAAUGAUUUGCACAUGUUCUUUUUCUUAACAAUAAAGUCUUGCCAAGAUCAUUUUGAACAUGUCGGCCCUUCAGCUAUUUUUGCUGCUGACUAUACUACUCGUAAUCUGACUAGCUAGUUUCAAAAUUCUAACAAAUAGAUAUUGUCUUCAAGUAAGUACAGACUGUUCAGAUAUGUUGUAUGUUUGUGUAUGGUUAAGGCCUAAACUUCUCCACUUGUACAGUCAGCAGCAGAAGUUGCUAAGCGGGCGAGGUGUUCACAAUGAUCUUGACGCGACUUUAUUGUUAAGAGAAUAAGAGCGUGUCAAGGUAAUUUUGAACACCUCGCCCGCUUAGCAACUUGUGCUGCUGACUGUAUCAUUAUGAUGUCAACACGCCGUUUUACCCGCAGCAUAUAUCUAAGCUAUUUGUUCAAGUGUCUGUUGAGACCAUAAAUAUGUGUACAAUAUUAUAACGAUAUAUGGAAUCAUGAUGUGUGUACAUAUUUAUGAGGAUGAUGCUGGUGUAUGAUGUGAUGUGUGCUCACGGCCGUCACCGGAUUUGUUUUUUGUAUAAAAGAGCAAGCUUAAAUAAUUUAUAAAUAAACUUAUUGUAAAUGUGUCUCGUUGUAAAAAUAUAUUGUUUUAUAUGCGUUUUCUUGUAUGCCGUUUACAUAGAAGUAUAUCAUGUAUUGUUACGAUUUAUUCGCUUGUAUGUUUGUUGCCAUGUUCAGGUGACUGUGGCCACGAGCCAUGAGGGCAUGCUGUCUUGUUUUAUCACUGCCUCAUAAUAUUUCCUCUUGACAUUUCUCAUCUCAAGUGGAAAUAUUGCGAAAGUACCGGUGUAAUACAUACAUACUCAAUAGCAAUAAAAAUAGGUAACUGUAUGGAAUGGAAAUAUACAGUUACGUAUUUUAAUUGUUUUUGAGAGUAAUUAAUUUUAACCUUGUAACGUUAUACUCUGUAAGUCUAUAGGUAGAUGUACAUUAUUAUACUUAUUUUAUUUGAUUAUGAGAAUAUUUCUUGUAAAAUAAUUUGGAUUUUGUUAAAGUACAGACUUGGUUGCAUUUGAAGUUAUGAUAGCGUGUAAAUGUUUUCUCUGUAAAGUGGAGAGGCGCCCGGUUAUUUAUUAGUUGUACUCGUACUGUUGGGAGUACUCGUACCGUACUCGGCAUCCAAAGAUCGCACCGAAUGCUCAAUAAAUUGUUAAUGAUAGAUAUCUCGUUUUUCUCGGUUAGGACGCUGGCACAUCAGUAGGUACCUCCUGCAGUGCCUUUCCGACUUAAUCAGGGAGGAGUCAUUCAAUAAACUCUUACAAUCUUCAUGCCGUUCAUUUUUAACUAAUUGUAAACCUUAUUACAAACAUAUAAGGUCCAAUGGUACCUAUACAUACACGACCUUAUUGUCAGUGUCUUAGAGGAGUAUGUAUAAAUACAUUUUUGGAACGUUGGCUUGUAAAGAUGUUUGUGAACCGUACAAUGCCGCGUGGCCCAUUAUUGUUGUAGAUGGCGCUGCUCGGUGACUUCUGUUCUUGCAAUCACAGCGCAACGCCAUCUAGUAUCCAAUUUUGGAGACAGAUAAAACGAAUGACGUUGCGCUUUAAUUUUUAGGACUCAGAGCGUAUUCUACAACGAAAUUGAGGACUUUUAUGAACAUUAUAACAGUUUAUUAAUUGAAUUCUCCCUGCUUUAUAUUCAUCUAUCCGUGGUGCGGUUGAGUGAGCGAGAGGGUGUUGCAAUAAUUGAGGUUGUCCCGCUUCUGAUGACAUAUCGGCUGAGUUCACCGGGGCGCCGCCGACCGCCGCCGCCGCCGCCACUUAUGCCGCCACUUGAUUAUGGCCUCUGGGGGCCUAACUAUAAGUGACACUCGUUUUGACUACGCCAACGCCAGUAGGUACGCCACGCGAAACAAAUAAUGUAUGGAAAUGAACAGUUGAUCACGUAACAUCGUUUCAUCUGUCAUCCGGAUACGUUUUUAUUUUUCGAUUAACGUUUCGCGAUCAAUGUUAUCUUGGCUAGGCUGGGGGCUUAGUCAAGAUGACAGUCGUUCAUUGAUAAACGCCAAACGAAAAAAAAAAUGUAUCGGGAUGAUGUUGCGAAAAAUCACGUGACUGUUUCCAUACAUUAAUUUAGACAUAGACAUAGAAUUUUUUUAUUUAACACCACAUUGAAAAAUGUUUACAGGCAAUGCUACAAAACACUACAAGCCUUAGAAUAAGUAAGCCUUAGUAUAACUUAAGUUUCGAAUGGCGUUCUCUGUCAACGAUUGUCAUCUUGGCUAGGCCCCAUUUUCGUAGCAUGAUCAGUAUCACAAGUGGGAAGUUUGUAUGUGGCAGUAUUAGAAGGUGGCUGCCGGCCGGCGGGCGCUCAGUAGUUUAAUUGUUACGCUUACUGUAGCUUUAACGCUUGCACCGCACGGGCACGGACUCCGCAGUGGUAGGUGUUUAACGUGUAACUUGGAACUAUACCUCCAUAUACAGUGUAUGUAUAAGGUGUAUCCUACCGUUGUUAUCUCUUCUUUAGGCGCUGUUGUUUGGUCGCGGCCGCGUGGACGCCGGCUCCUUCAUAUUCUUGAUAUUCCAAAGUUUAUUUAUAUUAUAAUAGUUGUAGAGCGAUAUUUUCAAAACGUUUAUUGUAUGUUGUGAAGUUAGAGCGUAUAUUUUGUGACGCCUUCAUAGUCAAUUGCUUCUAUAGUAUGUACGUUCACGCGCCGCCGACCCGUCUGUUAUCUAGUAUACAAUGUACCUUUCAUUUAUAGCGAACAGAACUUUAAUUCUUGACGUUGACGUGUAUAUGUGUAUUUAAAGCUAAAAUUAUAUAGUAAAUUUGAUAAAUACAGGUAAAUGUAAGCUUGAGUCGGUCGGGCGUAGUCCAAGGUUCAGUAUUACCGUAUCACUACGUUUGUUCGCUAGCGGCCGAGCGGGAGGAUACUUGUUGAGAAUAGAUGGGUUAUUAGAGUAGAAGGAAUGUAAAGUAAGCACUUAUAUCGACCCCAGUACCGACAUGUUCGCGUGAACACAUACCCAGGGCUGGCACUUGCGAGCGUGUUAUGUUUUCACGUUAACUCUCACCCUGUAAAGUACACAGUUGAUUCCCUCGUUGUUGUAAUGUUAUCGUCCUAGGUUAAAUGCAGAACGCACCGAGGAAUUGAGACGGUCGGUGAUUCUAUCCACUGAUAUUAAACUUUCACGAUUAUUACUCAUUAUUAUUCACAACGACGGGACUUAGAUAACCGCGUAAAAUUAAGUUUUCUCCGAGACCACGGGGACAACUCCUCGAAACGUUGGAGGUAAAUUUAAAACUUAAUAUUAUUAUAUCCACUUGUACAAAUCGAAUGAAACCGUCAUGUAUUUCCAAUAGCAAAUACAUUUGUUUGUAAGUAAAAAAUAUAUUUUUAUUUUACAAUCAUAUCGUAUCAGGGUUGUCUUGUUUAUAUCGUAGCAUCGAAUAGGUGACAACCCUGUUCCGUGGCCUCGUUGACCUUGAGCCCGCUCAUUGUCAGAUUGGACGUCAGUGACACUGCUAAAACUUCUGCCGUCUCAGUUCCAGGGGCGCCGAAACUUCAUUAUGCAAUGUCGAUGUUUAUUAUACUAGUAUACAUUAUAAAUAUGUAAUUUCUUAUUCGCAGCUUUUUAUAUAUGCAACGAAAUAUAUAUCGUAAGUUUACCGUUCGUGCUUCUGUGAAGCGAAGUUUCUUUCUUGCAAUACGUUUACGGAUUGUUGUAAAAGGCCCACAGCCGAUAGUAAGUAGGUACUUACCAUUGUCGACACCUUUAAUUGACCAUUUCUCAACUUUAUUGUAAAACAUACGGUUUACCGAUGCAUGGUCAGUUAAAAGUUUGCUCUUAUUAUUUCAUUGAUUCUGAAGACUUCUUUCAUAAGAUAAAGUAAAGUCUACUUGAACUCGAGGUUUAUUUAUAGACAUAUCCUCCGAUUACAUAAGUUUAAUAAGUCGAUCUACUUCUACAUAAACAGUAUGGUAUAUUAUUCUUCAUUUCAUUAUUUUAGUUUAUGAAAGAAUCCUAAAGGGACCCAAAGGAAGUAAAGCUCUUGUUAAGAAGGCGGUAAUUUGUUCGAUAAGGCUACUAAUUGGAAGUUAGGAAAUACUUCUGCCGCCACGCCGACGCCGUGCUGUGACUGGUUUCUUUAUAUCUCAUACUUCAACUACAACUACUACCUACAAGCAAAAAGAAUAGAUAGUAUAGAGGGGUCAUGUCAUUGUCAAUUUUGUAGUCACGGUACAUUUACUGCCAUCUAUCGACACACGAUUAAAACUUAAAAUAAAAUUGAAAAUGUAUAAAAUAAUCAAAAUAUGUUUACGGAUAAAUGAUUCUUAAUUUUUAUUGUUCCAUAUUGACCCAUGUUCUUUCACUGUAUGUGUUAAAAUUGUUAAAUACCAAACGGUGUCGCUAACGCCAUCUAGCCGAGAAUAGGCCAAAGGUAAUGGCGCCAUCUAUUCGAGAAUGACUUUUCCUUGGCCGUCCGAGGCACGUUUUUUUCUUAGACUUUAUUUAUCUUAUACGGAGUUAUAUAUAUCUCUGCUACAAGUAUAAGUAAGUUCAAUUACGAAGACGCGGUAUUCCUUGUAGUUACAAACAGAAACAAUAUUUAACGCGAUUAUUCAAUUUAAUUUAAUUUAAAGCUAAAUCGUAUACGAGUUUGAGGCAGUUAAUACCGAUGCAGAUAGGUAGGUACUUAAUGCCUGAAUAGAUGACUCCGGACCGGCGCGGCGCGGCGCGGCGCGUUAGCGUUGCUGUCAACACAGCAUCCGCUCUUUUGAAAACGUUUCGUUGUUAGUAAACGAGACCUAAUGUGUAAUUGCUUCAUGACUAUAUUGACUAUUCUAUUGUGCUGAUCCUAUGUUAGUAUAAUCUAAUAUGGACAUAUGGACAUAUUAAGUGGUCUUCGCUAGGCUAUAGUAGAGAUAGCCGGCAGAAUGACCAAUAACAAAUUUUAUGUUAAAUCUCCUUAAACUUCGAUAUAGACGGUGUGUGGAGUUUCGUUAUAUUGCGGUACCUAUUUGAUAGGUCGGCUGAAUUUAAUAAAACCUCUAUAGCGGAGUUUAGAGACCUAUCAAAUAGGUAGGUACCGCGUUGUAACGAAACUCCCGUGCGAGUUCUCGCACCGUCACCUUUAAGUAUAAUAGUAGUUAAAGUUAGCGAGGUAGCGGAGUCACAGGCGUGGCGCGGGCGGCGGCAGAAGCUAUUGUGUCAAGCUCGAGGCUAAAUUAUAGUACAAUAUAUCUCAUAUCAACUCGGUUUGGGAGGUUCUGAUGAUACAAUAACUAUCGUAUAAUCUUGUGAUUUAGCGUUGUAUGUAGUGUAAUGUUAAUGUAUGUUAUAGAGUUCGUCGGUUAUCUAGUGUCUGACUCCUAAUUUGACGCGAAGGCCGAAGCUGACUAAUAAAUAUUGUUCUCAAUUUCAUCACAAUUUGUCGUCGUUGGUUCAAGUAGAGUAAUACCUACCUAUCCUAUUAGACACCAUAUAUAUAUACGAGGGUACAUCAAAAAGUCUUUAGAAUUGAUAUCAGCUAAACACAUAAUGAUACGUUUUGAUUAUUGGUCAUGAUACAUCACUUUUUGGUAAUAAAUUGCAUAAAGACAUAAAUUAAUUAAUUACUUUUUAUGUUAUCGAUAAACAAUGACAGUAGGGUAGGUGAUGUCUUAAUAUCAGUAAAUUCAGGCAAGUUUUUGUGAUCAUUCAGGAACGAUUUUCUCAAAAUUUUUGCUGAAGAAGUCAUAAAAAUUGGUACUUAAAUUAAAACUUGGGUUUUUAAAAAUGAAUAAGUAUUUAAUAAUAUGCUUGUAAAUUUUAAUUUUCAGGCUAGGAUGUCCUUUCAAUGUUAAAGGUAGUAAUUUUAGGUCUUCACACAUUUAUUUGUUCAAUUCAGAAAAAAUAAUGGAAACAUACCACAAAAAUAAAUAUGAAAAUACAAAAUAAGGCCUAUCAAACAUUGUUCAAUAAAAAUCAGAAGAAUCUUUUUAAGAAAAACGCAAUUAAAUAAAAUACCUAAUUUUAAGAUGAUUUUGGGCCUCAGACCAUGCAGUUUCCCAAGAAUGCUGCGCAGAAUCUUGUGCUUGAAUUAAAUAAUUGCGUAAUCAAGUAUAUUCGGGUAAUACCGAAUGUCGGAUAAUUCCGAAAUUCAGAUGAAAAUCACCCUUAAUUCCAUCAUAAUAAAAGUCUCUUCGGAAUUAUCCGACAGUUUUCGACAUUCGGAAUUACCCCAGUAAACCUUACUUCACAUUCUUUGAUUCUUAAAAAUCUCCUAUAAAUUGGCUGUACUAGCGAUAAACUAAAAAAAAAAAAGGAAAAUUAGUACCUAAACUUGUGAUUCUUUUUUUUAUGGACGAAGAUGCCAGAUUUUUUAAUACUGAAUAUGCAGAUAAACUAAUAAAGAGGUUGCCUAAAAGUAAAAAAUAACAGGAUACCUGUAAUUCCAUGAUAUCAUAGCGUUUCUAAUUUCUUUUUGAUUCCCCCUCGUAUAUUUAAGAUGGGUUAAAUGUCAUUGUCGUCGGACACUAGACAACCGCUGUCGACAGAGCUCCUGCCUUCGGCAUAUCGCCUAGUCUUGUUUGCGUAUUGGUAUAAUACUAUGUAACUAUUUGGUUGUAUAACGACUGUAUUUUGCAUUGCAUCAUAUAUGCUGGAUGUGUUCUGUCGAGCCGUUCCCAAUCCCGAUUCUAAAGAGACUUAAUUAGUAAGGGUAGUAGCUAGAUAAUGUUUAAAAAGUAGUACUUAUGUCUUUUUAGGCUGGUGAUGGGUUGUCUUAGAAUUUGAACAAUGUUUAGUUUUCAGUUAGAAUUGGGAACGGCCCGCAUGUACCUAUCUCCAUACAUGUAAAAUCGUUCCUUUUCGCUACUAAUAAGGAUCGAUCGUGCGUCCAGGCCAAUAAUAAUAUGCUGUUUAGUUAAACCUGCUCUACCUGUACCUACUCUUUGUCGUCGGCCGUACUAGACGCCGCGACCACCUAUCAAUACUUUAUAACAAACGGUUCAUUGUUUAUGCACUGUCGUUCUAGAGGCAACUUAGAGAAGAUAUACUACAUACCUAUUUAUGAUAUUGACUAUGAUAAAUUAAUGUUUAUAUAUGUAUACAUAAUGUGUACGUUAGUGUGUGCGACCAAUUGUUGGAUGCGGGUGUAGAGUAGAGAGGCCCCGCGGGCCGGAUCUGUGCACGAUGCCUGUACAACAACGGACGGAGCGUGGUGUAGGAUGUAGUUGCACCAAUGACGACCUAAUUAUAAUAAUGUUACGUAUCAAUUUUGUUUAAAGGCUGUGUUUUUGUUAAAAUUGUCAUUGCAUUGCAUUGCAUUCAUGCUCUGUUGGCGCUGGCCGGUCGAUGGUAGGAGGGACGCUGAGGUCAGACGCUUUUCCUCCGAUUGAGGUUGCGGUCGGGCUCACGGCUCGAGGGCUCACGCGCUGGCCGUUGCCUAACUUUACGAGUGAAAGCGUCUACGCGUGUGGCAGCGAACGGUACCUACGCAUGAAUGAGUUGUCCGGGCCCUUUCACACUGUAUGGAGUUUGCGGGCCAAUGAUUUGUCAGCGCAAAGACUGUGUGCAGAGGCUCUUACAAUUCAUCGGGAAUAAAAGGAUAUACCUCUGUAACCUCCCGUGUCGACAGCCGUGCCGUGUCAAGGCUGGACUAGUACAGUAUGUAACUAUAGUAACCUGGACUGUACUGUUUGUAUGUUGUACAACGCGCAGCCGCGGCGAGCCCCAAUACCCGCCGACACUGUACUCACUGUAACUUAUGAUAUUAUUAUAUGAAAACAAAACAAUUCCUGAGAUAAUAAAAGGGACAAAAUAUUAUCAA